AUGGGGGCAUGCUUAACAUUAGAACGUGAGGAAGGAAAAGCAAGAAAAAGAAGUGAAGAAAUUGAUAGACAACUGGGAGAAUUCGCUAAACAGCAGAAUAAUGUUAUCAAAAUAUUACUUUUGGGUGCUGGAGAAAGUGGGAAAAGUACCCUAGUAAAACAAAUGAAAAUAAUCCACACAGAUGGAUUCACACACGCCGAAUUGAGCAGCUUUAGACCUACAGUACUAGACAAUCUUUUGGCUUCCAUGAAAUAUGUUCUAGUUGGUAUGGGUAUACUGAGGAUUAACCUGGAACACCAAAGAAAUAAAGCUCAUGCUGAAAAUGUUUUGCUGGCCAAGAGUUGCUUUGAUAUGAGCUUUACAAUAUUGCCUGAUGUGGCAGCUUCCCUUCAAGCCCUUUGGUCUGAUAGAGGUGUGAGAUUGGCUGUGGCAAGGGGUUAUGAUUAUGAGUUAAAUGAUUCAGCUCUCUAUUUAUUCGAGAAUAUGGAACGAUUAUGUGAUCCGAAAUAUGUGCCAAACCCGACUGAUGUUCUCAGAGCUCGUGUGAGGACCCAAGGAAUAAUAGAAACUCAGUUUCGCAUAAACGAUAUGAUAGUUAGUAUGUACGAUGUUGGCGGACAAAGAUCUCAAAGGAGAAAAUGGAUAUAUUGCUUUGAUGACGUCAGAGCUGUACUGUUUGUUAUAUCAUUAAGCGGAUAUGAUAUGACACUCCUUGAAGAUGCUAGCGUUAACCGUUUAGAAGAAAGUUUAAAUUUAUUUGGACAGAUAGUAAACAAUCCGUUUUUUCGAGAUGCUUCAUUUGUUCUCUUUUUGAACAAGUUCGACUUGUUUAGGGAGAAAAUUCUGUACUCACAUCGGCAUCUAAGAUUAUAUUUUCCGGAUUAUAAAGGACCUGAUAAGGAUGUCGACAGAGGAGCUCUUUUUAUUCAGCACAAAUUCGUACUACGUAACGGGGAUUCGAGGAAAGUUCUGUAUCCCCAUUUUACAACAGCAACGGAUACAGCAAACGUGAGGGUGGUUUUCCAAUCGGUCAUGGAAAUUGUUAUAUCUGCCAAUUUAAGUCAUGUUACUCUUUUAUAA